UGCACGGAGCGCGCGAGGCGCCGGAUUCGGCCUGCGGCCUGCGCUGGCCGCGUGUCUCCUGUAGGGGGCGGCGCAGCUGCUGAAGAGCCGCCGGAGGAGCCUGGCUGGUUUGUGGCGUCAUAGCCGGCUGGGUGUACGCGCGUUUGGGUGGCGGGCUUGCUGCAGCGGCAGAGGCUGCCCUGGGGUGUGGGGAGCAGCAGCAGCCGCAGCAGGAAGGAGGGGCUGCAGCGUCUCCCCGGACGGGGCGGGGGCUUGGAAUCCCGUCCAGCAUGUGGCGCGAGCCUCGCUGAAGAAGAGCAGCGGCUCACCUGGAGCGAGGUUCUGUGACCAUUCAGCCUGGGAGGAACAGCGGUGUGUCACCCGUGGAAAACAAAUUAAGGCAACAUGGAUAUCUCGAUUCUACAGUUGUAUUGAACAAGUACAGAAUUUGGUACUAGUUAUCCUAGGAUUUUUAGCUUUUCAUUGGAAACCUAGAAAGAUGGGACAAUAAAGCUGCCUUUAAGAAAUGCAAAAUACCAUGCUCUCACCCAGGAAAACAACAGCCCGCUCCUGCUGUCAUAAGGGCUGCAAGUGAAGACGACACUCUAUUUUGGUCCUUCAUCAAGGCUUUGCUGUGAUCAAACAGUGAAAAGAGGCGUCUUCCCCAUGACAACAUGUCAGCAAAAGAUAACAGCCCCCGCCAUGGUGCAAAAUCCCGCACUGUGCAGCGGGCCUCAACUAUUGAUGUCACGACUGACAUGUUAGAUUUGUCUUUGGCAGGUAACAGCCAAGAUCCGGAUGAGCCAAUCCUAGAAUUCAGUUUAGCUUGCAGCGAGCUCCUUACCCCAUCGCUAGAUAGAAAGCCAAAUAGUUUUGUAGCAGUGAGUGUAACUACACCACCUCAGGCAUUCUGGACAAAGCAUGCUCAGACAGAGAUUAUUGAGGGAACAAGCAACCCUAUCUUUCUAAGCAGUAUUGCCUUUUUUCAAGACUCUCUUAUUAACCAGAUGACACAAAUAAAACUUUCUGUAUAUGAUGUUAAAGAUAGAUCUCAGGGAACUAUGUAUCUAUUGGGUUCUGUGAUGUUCACUGUAAAGCAGUUACUUAAGGAGAGGAACCAUAGGUUGCAUUUAACACUAAGAUCUGCUGAAAGUGAUCGUGUUGGUAACAUUACAGUCAUAGGAUGGCAAGUGGAAGAAAAAACAGACCAAAGGCCUCCAGUUACCAGGUCUCCUGACACCAUCAAUGGAAGGACUGUGCUGUCAGUUGAUGAAAGUUUAACAGAAUCUUUAGGAAUCCGAUCCAAAUAUGCUUCAUUACGGAAAGACGUGUUGUUAAAAUCCGUGUUUGGAGGGGCCAUUUGUCGGAUGUAUCGCUUCCCCACCACUGAUGGGAACCACCUUCGGAUCUUGGAGCAAAUGGCAGAGAGUGUGCUCUCCCUACACAUUCCCAGACAGUUUGUGAAACUGCUACUUGAGGAAGAUGCUGCCAGGGUUUGUGAACUUGAAGAACUGGGAGAGCUGUCCCCUUGUUGGGAAAGUCUUCGUCGGCAAAUAGUUACUCAGUACCAAACGAUUAUUCUAACGUACCAGGAAAACCUCACAAACCUUCACCAGUACAAAGGUCCAUCGUUCAAAGCAAGUAGCCUGAAAGCUGACAAAAAGCUGGAAUUUGUGCCCACAAAUUUACACAUACAGCGAAUGAGAGUCCAAGAUGAUGCAGGAUCAGAUCAGAACUAUGAUAUUGUAACUAUAGGAGCACCAGCAGCUCACUGUCAAGGCUUUAAGUCUGGAGGCCUGCGGAAAAAGCUGCACAAAUUUGAAGAUGCCAAGAAACACAGUUAUGAGGAAUGUUGCACUUCGACCAAUACCCAGUCAAUAGUGUACAUACCACAAGAUAUUAUCCGAGCAAAGGAGAUUAUUGCUCAGAUCAAUACUUUGAAAACUCAAGUUAGUUACUACGCAGAAAGACUCUCCAGAGCUGCCAAGGACAGAUCCGCCAAUGGGCUUGAAAGAACACUUGCCAUUCUGGCAGAUAAGACACGGCAGCUUGUCACCGUCUGCGACUGCAAACUGCUGGCAAAUUCAAUACAUGCGCUGAAUGCUGCAAGACCAGAUUAUAUAGCUUCAAAGGCCUCUCCAACCUCUGUAGAAGAAGAGCAAGUGGUACUGAGGAAUGACCAAGAUACCCUGGUGGCCAGGUGGACAGGAAGAAAUAGCCGAUCUUCUCUACAAGUGGACUGGCAUGAAGAAGAAUGGGAAAAAGUCUGGGUGAAUGUUGACAAAAGUCUUGAAUGCAUUAUCCAGAGGGUGGACAAACUCCUCCAGAAAGAGCGUUUACAUAGUGACAGCUGUGAAGACGUUUUUCAGUGUGACACCAGCUGUUCUAGCAAGAAAGGUAAACGGGAUACCCGUGCGUACUGGAUAAAGCCACACACCUCAUCAUCUUCGUCAUCCCCAUCAUCUUCAUCCAUACCAUCCUCUGCAUGCCAUUGUCCCCAAGACACAAAUUGCAGUCCCACUCCUGAAGAGACUGGCCCAGGUGAAUGGAGUGAGGCCCUUUACCCAUUGCUGACAACACUCACAGACUGCGUAGCCAUGAUGAGUGACAAGGCAAAGAAAGCGAUGGUCUUUCUCUUGAUGCAAGAUAGUGCCCCAACAAUAGCUCUUUGCUUGAGCCUUCAGUACCGACGGGAUGUUGUCUUUUGCCAAACUCUCACAGCCCUUAUCUGUGGCUUCAUUAUCAAGCUGAGGAACUGCCUGCAUGACAAUGGAUUUCUGAGGCAGCUCUACACCAUUGGUCUGCUGGCACAGUUUGAAAGCCUUCUGAGCACUUAUGGUGAAGAGCUGGCAAUGCUAGAGGAUAUGAGUGUUGGGAUAAUGGACUUGAGGAAUGUAACGUUUAAAGUAACUCAGGCCACCUCAAAUGCAUCUGCUGACAUGCUACCAGUCAUUACAGGAAAUCGGGAUGGGUUCAAUGUGAGAAUUCCGCUGCCAAGCACCUUGUUUGAUGCACUGCCCCGUGAAAUUCAGAGUGGCAUGUUACUGAGAGUUCAGCCCGUUCUCUUCAAUGUGGGGAUAAAUGAACAACAAACCUUAGCAGAGAAGUUUGGAGACACCUCUUUACAAGAAGUGAUUAACAUGGAAAGCUUAGUGCGGUUGAAUUCCUACUUUGAGCAGUUCAAAGAAGUUUUGCCUGAAGACUGUCUACCUCGAUCUCGUAGUCAAACGUGCCUGCCUGAACUGUUACGGUUUCUUGGACAGAAUGUACAUGCAAGGAAAAAUAAGAAUGUUGAUAUUCUUUGGCAAGCUGCUGAGAUUUGCCGCAGACUCAAUGGUGUUCGGUUUACAAGCUGUAAAAGUGCCAAGGAUAGGACUGCCAUGUCAGUGACUCUAGAGCAGUGUCUAAUAUUGCAGCAUGAACAUGGAAUGGCUCCACAGGUCUUCACACAAGCCCUGGAAUGCAUGAGAAGUGAGGGUUGUCGAAGAGAAAAUACAAUGAAGAAUGUUGGAUGUCGCAAGUAUGCAUUUAAUUCCCUGCAGCUGAAGGCUUUCCCCAAGUAUUACAGGCCUCCUGAAGGAACUUAUGGAAAAGUUGAAUCAUAAGAUUACUCUGUCCUGUAAUUAGUUGUUCCGUUAAAAAGAAAUGUGGAUACACUCAAUUUUAGUAUAUGAACUUUGACAACAAUGUCAGGAACAAUUUUUUGUACGUUUCACUAAUUAAUACCAAGCAUGUACUUUUAUUAAAUUGGAUUCCAUAGGACAAAUAUUAUUUACUGACCCCUUAUAACAUGAAAAUGUGAUGACCGUCUGCUCAUGUAACUAGCCAUCAGUGUAUGUAAGAUGCCUGUUCCAUUGAUUUCUUACUUAUAUGCCUAAAUAAGAAAGGUAACUCCUGGACUGUUGAUGAUUUUAUGAAUGAAGUUUAGGCAGCUGUUUCACACAUCUUUUUAUACUGAUUUGAUUUGAGAUUAAGACUUUCAUAUAAUACUUUUUUAAAAAACCUCAGACUUUGUAAAUAGUAAAUGAAUUGGAUGUGAGGCAGUUUGAUAAGUUACAAGCAGCAUUGUUAUGCAGGAGAAGCUAAAACUCAGUUUUUAAGACAGUGCAGCACAGUAAUAUAAAUGCCAGGACCUUAAAAUGUUUUCCUUUAUGUAGGACACUAUCAUAUAAGUGGUGUGUACUAUACAGCAUCAGGAAUUGACACAAAGCCCAGAUCAAAAACUGGACUGGACCCAUGAUUCUUUCAGUUGUCUUUAGAAAUUUUACAGUUCUAUACCUUUGAAAAGUAGGCUCAAGGAAGAGAGAGUUGCACAUGGCAAAAUAGUUAACGUGACUAGUAGUGCUCUGGGCAGAGGACUCAAAAGACAAGGUACACAUUCUUAACUGGCUGGCAUUGUAAAUUAGAUACGAAAGUGCAUUCUGGUUUGGACUUUGAAAUGCCAAGGAGGCUGAGUCCUCUGCAUAUCUGCAUCAUCAGAGGCAUCCAACCUAUUUCAGUUUGCACCUCUUUCUGUUUAUAUCCAUCAGCUUACUGCACACAGCAAUGCCAUUCAGUGGAAGACAAAUAUUCAGAAGCGCUCUCUCUCUCUCCUUUUUCAUGCACAAGAUGAUAUUAUACAACUUCACUUGUGGAAGCAGCUGUUCGAUGUUUGCAAGCCUUUUGCCAAGUAUGCUUACUGGAUUUACAUCCUGGUUCUAGGACUGAAUUAGAUGCACUUUAACCAUUUGGAAUUGGUGGUUCCUUACUUUCCUCUCUAUCUUCAGCGUUUCAAAUAUUUUUACUGUAUUGUAUUUAACUUUUACUAGGAGUAGAGCCAUUGAUAUUAAAGGCCAUGACUAACUUAGACCCACUAAUUUCAGUGAGUCUACUCCCCUUAAUAGUUAAAUACAGCCCAUAGGUAAUGAAAACUAUGAAGUACAUAAGGGAUUCCUACUUUCAGAUCAUUGUUUUACACAAAAGCCAAAUGUUUCUCAUGAACCCAUAAUUCAUUGAUAAGGCUACGCAUUGAACUGGUAUGGGUGUAACACUAAACCAUGGUUCAGUGUUAUGUGAAUGAGCUUUAGGCUCACACCUCCAUAAUUACAACUUUGAUGAGGAGUUGGGAACUUCUUCUUUUUAAACCAGAUGCAGUUUAUUGUUAUCAGGGGUGCCAACUUGAAUAAAAUAUUGGGGGCCCAGGCAAGUCCUGCCCCACAU